AUGUCCCCUAUUCUGAGCCCGACGUUGGCAAAUCCUCUGUCAGCCUCUCUAGAAAUCCAGGACCGGAUUGCUGUUCUCUUCGCGGUGGCGGCGGUUGCCGUCCCGCUGUCUUUCGGCUCUGCCAACAGCGGUAUUGCCCGUCGUGUUGACGAUAUCUACGUGCGCGAUAUUGGAGUUGGCGUCCUUGUUGCCGGCGAGAGCGAUGCUACCGGUGUGAAGAACACUAAGCGCGAGGAGAGCUCUAAAGACCUUGGUGACCUUAAUAUCCUUAGCCUUGACGUGCUUGGACACGGUGGCUACGGCGACAACGGUAUCCUGAAGCGCGAGGAGGAUAUCGAUAUCCUGGGGGGUUCACCUUACUCCACUGAUCUUGCUCUUCCUAUUCUCGACGUCCAGAACAUCUGA